UGCAGCACCAUUACAUUCCCUGCAGCACCAUGUAAUGAUGUAAUCCACCUGUCUACGGGACAAGCGCAAUAUCAUCGUUUAUGGUUCGAACAGAGUACAACUGCUAUUUUUACUUACAUUUCUUUCUAAAACUUUCUGCUCUUGGAAAGAAAAAAAAGCUUUAUUUGCAAAUCCAUUAUUACUUUCACAUGCAAGAUCCGUUCAAUUCAAAGUCGAUGAUGAACCAGCCGCUGUCGUUCUCAUCCGCAUUGAAGCCGUCGCACCACCGGAGAGCUCACUCUGAGGUGAACUUCCGGUUGCCAGAGGAUCUGGAUCUGGCUUCGGACCCGUUUGAUGGGGCUCCAGCCGGGAGCUUUGAGGAGAUGGGAUCCGAGGAGGAUUUCUUCUCCACCUACAUGGACAUGGAAAAGCUAGGCGGCGGAUCCAGCGCCGCUGAUGCCUCCCCAUCUCCGGGACCUACUGACGGUAAGGGCAAUGGGGAGAAGACCUUCGAGCGGCCUCGGCAUCGAUAUAGCAACUCCGUGGAUAGCUCGAGCUUGAUGCUUAGCGAGAGUACAAUUGAAGCUAAAAAAGCUAUGGCCCCUGAUAAAUUGGCUGAACUCUGGACUGUUGAUCCCAAACGAGCUAAAAGGAUUCUGGCAAAUAGACAAUCAGCUGCCCGGUCAAAAGAGAGGAAGGCACGUUAUAUAUCUGAACUCGAGAGAAAAGUGCAGACCCUUCAGACAGAAGCGACCACACUUUCUGCACAGCUUACUCUGUUCCAGAGGGAUACUACAGGGCUUAGUAAUGAAAAUACGGAGCUUAAACUUCGUUUGCAAGCCAUGGAACAGCAAGCUCAAUUACGUGAUGCUCUGAAUGAAGCGCUAAAGAACGAAGUUGAAAGACUCAGAAUAGCUACAGGAGAAAUAUCAGCCUCUCCUUCUGAUGCUUACACCUUGGGAAUGCAGCAAAACAUUCCUUAUAAUAACCAAUCUGCUUUUUUCUCACACCAGCUCAGCUCAAGUGACUCCCAAAACAUACAUAUCCCACAAUUUCACCCCCUCCAGCCAAACACAUCUACCCUACACAAUCACCACAUGCUCUCUUCUGCAUCAUUACAGGCGCUCACAGACGCACUUCAGCAGCAAGAUCCUCUUGGGCGUUUUCAGGGUCUUGAUAUAAGCAGCAGCAGAGGGUCACAUCUUGUGAAGAGCGAAGCCCCUUCCAUAUCAGCCGGUGAAAGCAGCUGUUCUUGAAAUAUAGUCCUAUUUUGUCAAAAAUGUUAAUAGACUGACACCAUUUUUAACAUACUUGAAUAUCAUUAUUCUUCAAUUUUUUCCCCUCCAUUCAACUUGAGUCCUAGGUUCUGUUAUGUUCAGCUCAAAAGUGUCUGGAUAUUCUUUGAUGUGUUGCCUAUGGGAGGUGAGGUCAUCUCCAAUAGGCAACACAUUCAACUGUCCUAGGUUUUAUUAUCUGCAGCUCAAAAGUCUGGCUAUUCUUUGAUGUGUUGCCUAUGUGAGGUGAGGACUCUUGUGAAAGACAAUCUAUUCCAUUGUCUUACAUAUGGAUUUUGACUUGUGAUAGUGUAUUAUUUUGGUUUUAUUUCAUUAUUGAAAAAGGACUCAUUUCAACGUUGAGACUGAGGGUAUUACCUACAGGCUACGGGUGAACACCAUUCUGAUCAGGAACCGGAGUGGUGAUAUAUAAGGUUCUACUACGUAUUUCGGAACAGGAACAGGGACUGCCUUUACAAAGACAGUGCAUAUACUGAAUGUUGUCCUAAGAGCCAGGCACAUGAAUGUGUUAUUUAAGGUUUCAAUCAAAUAGAGCUGAAAAUGAUGGUUUCCGAAGAUUUAGAACUGGAAUUGGUCGAAACCAUAUUGCUCAUUGUCUUACUUGUCCUUACCAUGAACACACCCCUCCAUGCUCAAGGCUAUGUUUCAAUUGCUGAAAAUAGUAGGGAAAUAAAAGAAAUUUUCAAAGUGGUAUCCUAAUGUUUGUAUUUACGGUGGAGAAUGCAGAGGAUAUUGUAAUAUGAAAAAAUGUACUUACGUUGUUAUGAGUGAAUAAAAAUGUAUUGUGACAAAUAUUAAAUAAAAUUAUUGAGUUUGAACUGAUAGUUUACUAUCCUAA